CCAUCAGCUGUGAUUCAGGCAUGUGUUUGUUGUGUGUUCUGCUUCUUCUUUCGUCUCUUGAAUUUUGGGUUGUUCUGGCGGAAAAAAGCGUGGCUUGUCAAAUUAAAAAGAAAAAAUCAGGGUUUUUGGCUAUUCAUACUAUGCAUACGCAUGAGCAUUUCAAAUCGCCAACGAACGAAGACGAGCUCGACGACACUGAUGACGAUAUGGUAGCUGGAGUAAUAGCUGAAAUUGAACAGGACGUGCUCAACGAGUCUGAGAGCGACGACGACGAAUACGAUUUGGCGGAUAUGGGCGCGCUAGUGCAGCAUCAGGCGGCCAGCAGCUCAGAUGAUAGCAUCAGCAGCGACGGCAGCUUUGAUCCGAAUGCAGAGGACACCGACUCUGAUGACUCAAUGAUCGAUGAGGUGGCGUCGGCUGGUGCAAGCAGUGCCAAGCGGCGCAAGGAGCAGUCCGCAGAUGAUGGUGCCGGACCCAGUGGAUCGGACCCAAGUGGUGUUUCUGAUUAUUCACAUUUGGAUGAGGAUGACGAAACGGAUGAGACGGUGCGUGCCAUGAUAGCUGCCAUCAAGAAGACACGUAGUGCGCCGCCAGAGAUUAAGCUUGAGGAUUUCAUAACAGACAUUUGCUUUCAUCCGGAGCGCGAUAUCAUUGCCCUGGCAACUAUUAUUGGGGAUGUGCAUUUGUAUGAGUAUGGUAACGAGGAAAAUAAACUCCUGCGCACCAUUGAGGUACACGCCAAGGCAUGCCGGGAUGUCGAGUUUACUGAGGAUGGUCGCAGUUUGAUCACCUGCUCGAAGGACAAGUGCGUCAUGGUCACCGACAUGGAGACGGAAAAGCUAAAGAAACUUUACGAAACGGCCCAUGAUGAUGCCAUCAAUAAGCUGUUUGUGCUGGACGAGCGUCUUUUUGCCACUGGUGAUGAUGCGGGCACUGUAAAACUAUGGGAUUUUCGCACCAAGGAUGCCAUAUUUGAGCUGAAGGAGGUAGAGGAUCAGAUAACACAAAUGCUGACCAAUGAACAGAAUAAACUGCUGUUGGCGACCAGUGCCGAUGGAUAUUUAACCACCUAUAAUAUCGGUGCUCGGAAAUUGUAUGUGCAAUCCGAACCAUAUGAGGAGGAGCUUAGUUGCAUGGGCAUUUAUCGUGGCAACUCCAAACUGGUGGCGGGUACCUCAAAGGGACGCCUUUAUACCUAUAACUGGGGCUACUUUGGCUACCACUGCGACAUGUAUCCGGGCAUCAAGAGCCCCAUAAGUCUGAUGGUACCCAUUACGGAUCGGAUUGCGUGUGUGGCUGGCGAGGAUGGCAAUAUACGUGCAUGCCACAUUGCACCUUAUCGCAAUUUGGGUGUUGUGGGACAGCAUAAUAUGCCCAUCGAGUCGCUGGAUAUUAAUUGCAGUGGCGAAUUACUGGCAUCCUCGUCGCACAACAACGAUGUGCGCUUCUGGAAUGUAAAAUAUUUCGAGGAUUUUGGCGAUAUUAAAUAUAAUGAGAAGCACAAUGCAUACAAGGAGAAACGACACAAUUUGCCUUCAUCCAAGUGCACAAAUGCCUCCGACUUCUUUGCAGAUAUGACCAAGGAACAGGACGACGACGACAAUGGCGGGCAAGACAACAAUACUGGAGCUGGACCAAGUAAUAUAACCUAGAUAAAGUUGCCUAUCUCGAGUCUUACAAAAUCUGUAGUAAGGUUUGGCAUUAUACAUACAUAUAUCAUUGUUAAACAUUUCUCAACAAUUUUUAGCUCUAGUUUUUAAGUACUGUACUGUAAAAGCUUAAUAAAGUUAGCAUGUACCUAAAUAAAACAA